UUACUCUCUCCUGGUAGUGCAAGACAACUCUGAGUGCGGGAAACACGCAAGCUUACUCUCUCAGUGCACCUUACAGCCAGGACCUUGUUUCUGCUCGUUCACCUGCUUGACUGACCACACAACCAACCAUCCAUCCAUCAAUCUUUUUAGCAUUUGGACCGUGACCCUCCCCCCUCCAGAGCGAGACAGGGGGAGCCCUUUGUACCUCAGAGGGCUAGGGCAGCCUCUAGGGGUGUCCAUGGCUUGCCUCUGUGGUGCUUUGGAAGUGCAGUCGCUGGACAGUGACGGUUGUUAGCUUUGCCCUGAGGUUCUGGAUAUAGUAUUCGGCAAUCAUUCGUUUGUUUCUGAGGCUCCCCCACAUAUCCUCUUGCUCAUUGUCUUUCUUUUUUCAUUUUUGUUACCUGAUCUUUGCUGACCGGUGUUAGGGUUGUGAUUUGGGAGUCAUUUUUGGGAAGGGCCUGCUUUGUUUGGGCUCCCUUUAAUGGGACUGCCAAAGGGCAGUUCCUCCACAAGCUUGGGGAGUGAUGCAGGACUUCUGGGGAGAUAUAGUGAAUCAGCGGAAAGCCCGGGCAGUCAGAUAUGCAGCGGGUAACGAUGAGGAGGCUGUGGUUGACCAGGGGAAGACCAACUCCACCAUCCACACAAACUUUGAGAAGGAGGAGCUGGAGAGUCACAGGGCGGUGUAUGUAGGCGUGCACUUCCCCCUGGGCAGAGAGAGCCAACGGCGGCGGCAUCGUCACCGGGGCCACAAACACCACCGCAAACGUCGGGAGCGGGAGAACGAACGCGAGGACGGACGCGAGUCCCCCACCUACGACACUCCCUCCCAGAGGGUGCAGUUCAUCCUGGGCACAGAGGACGACGAUGAAGAGCACAUCCCCCACGACCUCUUCACCGAACUGGACGAGCUGUCCUUCAGGGACGGGCACGCCUACGAGUGGAAGGAGACAGCCAGGUGGCUGAAGUUUGAGGAGGACGUGGAGGAUGGCGGUGAGAGGUGGAGUAAGCCGUACGUGGCCACGCUCUCCCUGCACAGCCUGUUUGAGCUGCGCUCCUGCAUCCUCAACGGCACCGUCAUGCUGGACAUGAGGGCCAACAGCAUCGACGACAUCGCAGAUAUGGUGAUCGACAGCAUGGUGGCGUCAGGCCAGCUGGACGAGUCGCUGCGUGAGAAGGUGCGAGAGGCCAUGCUGAAGCGGCACCACCACCAGAGUGAGAAGAAGCUGAGCAACCGCAUCCCUCUUGUGCGCUCCUUUGCUGACAUAGGCAAGAAACACUCCGACCCCCACCUGCUUGAACGGAAUGGGUUGUUGGCGUCCCCGCAAUCGGCCCCUGGGAACCUGGAGAACAGCAAGCCCAGUGAGGGCCGCAUCAACGGAGCGAGCCGUGAGAACAGCACAGUGGACUUCAGCAAGGACUGCCACCCGUUUCACUGUAGUUGUGGUGCCCUAGGAGGGGGUACCAGAAGGCCAACCGUGGACAUGCACUUCAUGAAGAAGAUCCCCCCUGGGGCUGAGGCCUCUAACGUGCUGGUGGGGGAGGUGGAUUUCCUGGAGCGACCCAUCAUCGCCUUCAUCCGAUUAUCCCCCGCCGUGCUGCUCACGGGCCUCACCGAGGUCCCUGUGCCCACCAGGUUCCUGUUUCUGCUGCUCGGACCUUUUGGGAAAGGGCCCCAGUACCAUGAGAUUGGGCGGUCCAUAGCCACCUUAAUGACCGAUGAGAUUUUCCAUGAUGUAGCAUACAAGGCCAAAGACCGUAAUGACCUUUUGUCGGGGGUCGAUGAGUUUCUCGACCAGGUGACUGUGCUGCCCCCUGGAGAGUGGGACCCCACUAUCCGCAUUGAACCGCCAAAGAGUGUCCCGUCUCAGGAGAAGAGGAAGAUGCCCUCUCUACCCAACGGCUCUGCUCACACGUCAGAUACCGUUAAAGAGGAGGAACACGAGGCUGGGCCAGAACUGCAGAGAACGGGGAGGAUAUUUGGUGGUCUGGUGCGGGAUGUGAUGAGGAAGGCUCCGUUCUACUGGAGUGACGUUCGGGACGCCAUGAGCCUGCAGUGCUUGGCCUCUGUCCUCUUCCUGUACUGCGCCUGCAUGUCGCCCGUCAUCACCUUCGGGGGCCUGCUGGGGGAGGCCACCAAGGGCAACAUUAGUGCCAUUGAGUCUCUGUUUGGGGCCUCUCUGACAGGCGUGGCUUACUCCCUGUUCGCCGGACAGCCGCUCACCAUCCUGGGCAGCACAGGGCCUGUGCUCGUGUUCGAGAAAAUCCUCUUCAAAUUUUGCAGUGACUAUGGCCUGUCCUACCUGCCAUUGCGUACGAGCAUCGGGCUGUGGACGGCCUUCAUGUGCCUGGUGCUGGUGGCCACGGACGCCAGCUCUCUGGUGUGCUACAUCACGCGCUUCACAGAGGAGGCCUUCGCCGCGCUCAUCUGCCUCAUCUUCAUCUACGAGGCGCUGGAGAAGCUUGUGCACCUGGGCAAGAUGUACCCCGUUAACAUGGACAACAACCUGGACAACCUUACCUUCUACAGGUGUGAAUGUUCGGCACCGUCCAACAUCACCUCGGAGAUUACUCAACUGUUGAACCAGUCAGGCUUUACUCCUGACUCCAUCAGCUGGAGUGAGCUGAACACGCCUAUGUGUUCUCAGCUCAAGGGUGUGUUUGUGGGCCCCGCCUGUCAGCCCCGCCUGGACCCCGUGGGGCCCUACAUCCCAGACGUGCUCUUCUGGUCCGUCAUCCUCUUCUUCACCACCUUCUUCCUUUCUGCCUUCCUCAAGCAGUUCAAAACCAAGCGCUACUUCCCUACCAAGGUGCGCUCCACUAUCAGUGACUUUGCCAUCUUUCUGACCAUCCUGAUCAUGGUGCUGUUGGACUACCUGGUGGGAAUACCCUCUCCUAAACUCAAUGUCCCUGACAGGUUUGAGCCCACUUCUAAGAACCGUGGUUGGCUGAUGUCGCCUCUGGGCACCAACCCCACGUGGACGCUGCUGGCGGCGGCCAUUCCGGCUCUGCUGUGCACCAUUCUUAUCUUCAUGGACCAGCAGAUCACCGCUGUCAUCAUCAACCGCAAGGAGCACAAGCUGAAGAAAGGCUGUGGGUACCACCUUGACCUGCUGAUAGUGGCGUUGAUGCUGGGAGUGUGCUCGGUGAUGGGGUUGCCGUGGUUUGUAGCGGCGACUGUGCUCUCCAUUUCGCACGUGAACAGCCUGAAAGUAGAGUCGGAGUGCUCGGCCCCCGGGGAGCAGCCCAAGUUCCUGGGCAUUCGCGAGCAGAGGGUCACCGGCCUCAUGAUCUUCGUUCUCAUGGGCCUCUCCGUCUUCAUGACCUCCGUGCUGAAGUUUAUUCCCAUGCCGGUCCUGUAUGGGGUUUUUCUCUACAUGGGGGUCUCCUCACUCAAGGGCAUUCAGUUAUUCGACCGCAUUAAGCUGUUCAGCAUGCCUGCCAAGCACCAGCCCGACCUGAUCUACCUGCGCUAUGUGCCACUGUGGAAGGUGCACAUGUUCACUUUAGUGCAGCUCACCUGCCUGGUGCUGCUGUGGGUCAUCAAGGCCUCAGCUGCCGCCGUCGUCUUCCCCAUGAUGGUCCUGGCUCUGGUGUUUAUUCGGAAGCUUCUGGACUUCUUCUUCUUUACCAAGAGGGAGCUCAGCUGGUUGGAUGACUUGAUGCCAGAGAGUAAGAAAAAGAAAGAGGACGACAAGAAAAAGAAAGCUAAAGAGGAAGCACAGCGGAGGCUAGAGGUGGACCAUGACAUUGACGUAAGAUACGAGGGGGAGAACCUUCUCAAGAUCCCAGUCAAGUCCCUCAAAGUCAGUGCUGACCCGUCUGUGGUAAACAUUUCUGAUGAAAUGGCCAAAACUGCAGUGUGGAAGGCUGUAACCAUGAACUCUGACAGUGCCAAAGUUCACAAGCCUUGCAUAAGCGAGGGGAAAACCGCCAGCAUCCAGAUCAACAUCGAGGAUGAGCAGGGGGUUGGCACGGAGACGUCGUUAUGACGACCAGGGAGGACGAGCGCUUCAGCGGCAGGGCGAAACUGUCUCGAAGGACUCGAGGCAGGUGGAGGAUGUCACACUGCGCACCAGAAGACUCCUCACUCUUACUGGCAAACAGGAGGGCCAUAGCCAAACCAAAGUCAGGCUGACGCAUAGGAGACAGGCCCCAUUCAUACUGUAUGCAUUUGGCUUCUGACACCUUUCUUAAAUGUUAGAAGCAAGUCAAGUAAUGUUUUUUUUUUCUAUUCUCAUUUUUAUUUCAUUUUUUUAAAUAAUGAAUCCAUUUAAUUUGUCAGACAUUCUGCAGAGAGCUGUUUGGCCCCUGUAAGAGCUCAACUCUUCAGAAAGAAAUUUUUACUUGUACUUUUCCCAGAUGUCAGCUUGGUUUGGAAACCAAGGAGCAUUACACCAUUUUGUUUCAUGGUGGAUGUUUAUCCAUGGCUGAAGUUUGAUUUCUGGCAGUUGCUGCUCAUUGGAGGAACAUUUGAAGUUAUAAUUGUGAGAUUCAGAGAACGUGCAACAUCAGCUGUAAAGAUUUCUCUACAGUGGUGUGUGUAUGUUUGUUUGUGUGUGUGUGUCUGUGUGUGUGUGUAUAUACACAGAAAUGAGUGAGUGAAAGAGAGGGAGAGAGAGAAAACUAGGUAAAUCUGAGGGAGGGAGUGUAGCUCAUUCUUCAGCUAGCACAGCUUGUUUGGUGUCAGUAUGGCUAGUUGCAGAUGCACACUUAACAUUACCGUAGAGAUUGUGGAGAGAAAAGUGGAAAAAACACAGCUAAUCUUGUUAGCAAUCAUUCAAAGCUUUUUUUCCCUCCCUCUCUGAAAAUCUUAAACACUUUGGUAGUGUUAGUUGUUGAUGUAAGCAGUUACUCACGAAACUGUAUAAUAAUGAAAAUAAAAACGAAUUCCAAUGUUUUUUUUUUUUUUACUCAGCCAAUUGUGCUGUAGGUUGUAUUCUACAGAGGUUUCGAGACGGAUAGAUCAGUUGUACACCAUGCAAAUAUGUAGUUCACCAUGUUAUAAACCCUGAUCGGCUAAUAUGUAAUACAGACGGCAAAGUGCUGUUUGAUGUGGUCUACAUAUGAUGUGGUUUAUUUAGUGUUACAGGAAAGGAAUAAUUUUAUACUACAACAUUAUUAUUGCUAUUUUAAUUUAUUUUAUGGUCAAGUUUGCAGUUGUAGGAAGUGAAGGGGCGGUGGAAGGGACUGGGGACACUGGCUUGGGUGUCCCGGGUCUGUAAUUGUGUUCUGCUCCCGUCAUGUGUAACGCUGCACUUUACACAAGGUACGCGUGCCCUCGUGAGAGUUGGACAAACCACAUGUACCUUAUUUAAAAUAUCUACUUAGAGCAGUCUCAGGAAUCUAUGGGCUCUCCAUAAGAGCCCUGCCUCUAUCUCUCUCUGUCUCUCUCUCUCUGUCUUUCUCUAAUUUUCCUUCACGGUUUCCCUUACCUUGUCCUGUGUUCUGGCAGUGUAAUUUUUGUAAUGUAUACUGAUCAGAUGCCCCCCCUCCGAUUUUACACUGGACAAGAAUGUGAUCGUUUGCUUUGCUAUUGUUUUUGCUCAUGACUUUUAUGUUCUACCCAGUGCUCAAUGUUUAAUGUUCAAAUCAUUUUAUUUCCAAUUUUUUUUUUUUACUCCCAUAAUUUAAAUGCUUUUGUCACUUUUUUAAAAAGUUUGACUAGAAAGACUUGUUUUGUUUUUUCACUUUUUUUAUUAUUGUUUUACUGUAUCCUAGUAGUGGUACACCUGAAGUUAUUUUGCAGCGCUUAGUUUAACUAGUUCAGAUUUUAAUUGUCACACAACCAGUGACCAUGUAUUCUGUCGCAAAUAUUCAAAGCUAUUUGCACACAAAACCUGUCUAAUCGUAAAAAAAAGUAAUAUAUUAUCACAAAUAGAACCCUUAGUCUUUGACUUUUUUUAUUCAUUAUAUUCAUAGUCAUAAUCGACAAGAGAAAAAUGCCCUUGUGUAGGUUUUUUUUAUUUUUUAUUUUCUCCCCCUUGAUUCAGAUUCAAUUCGUUUUUUGCUAUUUACUCAUUUCUAUACAUCAAAGAAGUUAUCACCUCAAGCAAUUUACUGGACCCAGUUUGCCAAUCAAUUAUGUUUCUGUUCAGGUUGCUCUCAUUUAAAGUGCAUUAAAUCCUUUUUAUGUUUAGCAGGUACUUGUGCCUGUUGAGGGGAUUGGUGGGCACAUAAUUUGCCUGGAGUAGGGAGACCAUGGCAUGAAUUUAUGUGCAUUGUAUUACACUGUACCACUGCCCUCAUGUUACCCCAUAAGAAGUGCUCCUGUAGUGUACCAGCCAGCGUGAGCAAGCCUGGCUGAUUGAUGUCAAUGCUGUAGUGGGCAUCAAUACGUCAAUGUGACUGACAGGUGUCACUUGUGCUGUGUAGUCUUGAGCAGUAAUGAAAGGUCUUGAUUUUGGUCAUCUGUUUGGUUAACAUUACUCAGAAACUCUGUAAUAUUAUACAAAUAGAGGGAUGAGCAAGAAGUGCUAUUUUUUUGUAGCUGAUUAUAAAUUAAAUUGUCAAAAAGGAAAAGCAAUAAAGGUGAUCACAUAA